CAAACUCCCAAACGUUGCAGCAUUCACCAAACAGUGUCAAUUCUUCAUUCAUCAUCAUCAUCAUCAUCAUCACAGUCACAGAGAGAGAAGAAAGAGCGUGCGAUUCGUGUUACGAGGUGGCUACCACCGUCGAGGAAGAAGGAGGAGGAGGAGAGACGCAGCAGCGGAACAGUCGUCUCAAGGUGUUUCUGUCGUCGCUGUUGUCGAGUAUUGGCGGUGUUUUCACUUCCAGUUUUCAAGAAUCGCCGAUCGAAGAAUCAACCACCAUGGCUUCUCGUGCAGCUGUUCUUCCCCGUGAACAACAACCCAGAGUUGAGAAUAAGCAAAAGAUGGUAGCAGGAGAAGUGAGGAACAGAAGGGCACUCAAGGAGAUUGGUAAUCUUGUGGCUGAUCCUGCUGCUAAUGUGACUAAGCGCAUCACAAGGAAUGCAGCAGAGAAGAACAAGAAGAUAAGCACUGAGCUUGUGAAUGCUGCACUAGUAGCAGCUAAUGUUGGUGUUGGGAAUGUUGUUGCUGCUUUUGCAACAAAGGUGGAUCCAGCUCAGAGGCCACCAGAACCUGAAGUUAUAGUCAUCAGCUCUGAUGAUGAAUCUGAGGAAGAAAAGGAGGAACAACAAGCUGUUCAAGAAGGAAGAAAGACAAGAGGAAAGUCUGCCAGCAAAAAUGUCAAGGCCUUCAGUUCAGUCCUCACAGCUAGAAGCAAGGCUGCUGCUGGACUUGCUUAUAAGCUGAAGGAUUUGGUAGUGAACAUUGAUUCAUCUGACAUGGACAAUGAAUUGGCUGCAACUGAGUACAUUGAUGACAUCUAUAACUUCUACAAACUCACUGAGGAAGAUGGUCGUGUACAUGAUUACAUGAGUUCACAGCCAGAUAUCAAUGUCAAGAUGAGGUCAAUUCUUGUGGACUGGUUGGUGGAAGUGCAUCGUAAAUUCGAACUCAUGCCAGAAACUUUCUAUCUGACCAUAAACAUUGUGGACCGGUUCCUGUCCAUGAAGGCUGUGCACAGAAAGGAACUUCAGCUGGUUGGUAUCAGCUCAAUGCUUAUAGCCUCCAAAUAUGAAGAGAUAUGGGCACCAGAGGUUAAUGACUUUGUGUUGAUAUCAGACAAUGCCUAUGUUAGACAACAGGUUCUGGUCAUGGAGAAAACAAUCUUGAACAACCUUGAGUGGUAUCUAACUGUUCCUACACCCUAUGUGUUCCUGGUUCGGUAUAUCAAAGCCUCUACUCCCUCUAGCAAAGAGAUGGAAAAUAUGGCGUUUUACCUUGCUGAACUUGGUAUGAUGCACUAUCCUGUUGUGUCCUCGUACUCCCCUUCUGUGAUUGCUGCUUCUGCUGUGUAUGCUGCAAGAUGCACGCUGCAUAGGAUCCCUUUCUGGACUGAAACCCUGAAGCACUAUACAGGCUACUCUGAGGAACAUCUAAGGGAGUGUGCCAAACUCUUGGUGAACUUGCAUACUGCUGCUCCAGAAAGUAAGCUGAGGGCAAUUUACAAGAAAUUCUGCAGCUCAGAUCGUUGUGCAGUUGCUCUUCUUUAUGUUCCAGCAAAAAACUUGUCAGCACAACAAUCUUGAGAACAAGUGCUAGCAUAGGUUGUUUUUUAGGGUGAUGAUUGUAUUGACCGGUAUACAAUGGUUGAAAUUUAGCUAUUAUGACUUAAAACCUAUGGUGGUUUUCAUUUAGGGAGGAGAUCAUUGCUGUUAUGAUCCAUAUGGGCUUGAAUUUUUCUUAUUUUGAGUGUGAUUGCUUGUGGCAGGCCUCAGCAGAGGUUGCUUCUUCUUGUAAAGCGAAUUAUCAAUUGAAUUGAGUCUUUUGUCAACUAUUGCAGUUAGAGUUAUGACA